AUGAAAACAAAUGUUUUGUUUUUGACUCUUCUAAUUUGUAUUUCUUCAUGUACAUCGAUAUUUAUGAAAACUUCUAAUUCAAAAGCGAUCAAAUCAGCAGCGACUCCUCCAAUUAGUUUUGAGUUAGGUGAAGACAUACAUAUUAAACCGUCACUAAUUUUUGGAGAAAGAGCUUUUUGUUAUGACUGCGGAAAAGCUUGUCAUCGAAGAAAUAGACUACUGGGUAAUUGUAAAAAUUUCAUAUGUCGUUGCAGAUACACUAAACUUCAUGACUAA